UCAUGCGAGAACUGCAGUGGAAUUGGUACCCAGGGGGCUACUGAUCAGUGUCAAACAUUUAAAGUGGUUAUAUAAACACUAAAAGAGAUAACAAGUUUUGUAUAAAAACAAGUAAUUGUGGGUUAGAGUGAGUGCGAAAAUGUCUGAGUAUAUGGGUGAUGAAGAUUAUUGGAGACAAUAUUAUCUAGACCGAUGUAACUUUGAAUCUCCAGUUUCGGAGCAACCUAACCAACAAUUCGAGCUCCAGACAAGUCAUGAACAACAGAUUGAGAGUUAUUUCUCGUGCACGCAUGAAAGCUACCUAAAGUACAGUCAAAGUGGUGCAAUGUUAAGUCAAAGUGAUUUUACGAAAGGUUCGAAUGGUUUUGUAGACGAAGAGGAUGAACCACCACUCUUAGAAGAAUUAGGCAUAGAUAUCGAUCGAAUAAUGCAAAAAACAUUGGCUGUUUUAAAUCCGUUUCACGAAGUAGGGCCAAUCGAUGAUGUAAAUUAUUUGCUAGAGGAUUCCGAUUUAGCUGGUCCGGUUAUAUUUUACUUAGCAUUCGCUGCAUUUCUUUCGAUAGCUACCACGAAGGCAUAUUUCGGUUAUGUUUACGGCUUAGCUAUGAUAUCUUUCAUAGUAAUGUAUAUUCUUCUGUCCUUAAUGAAUAUUAACAGUAAUAUUACAUUGUCUGCUGUAGCAUCUGUUUUAGGAUACUGUUUACUACCCGUUGUAGGGCUUGCUUGUUUAAAUAUUUUUAUUAGAUUGAAAGGCUUCAUUGGAUUACUUCUUGCCGUGAUUGCAGUUGCUUGGGCAACACUUUCUGCAUCUAGAUUUUUCUCUAUUAUAUUUGGAGAAGUAAAUCAACGUCCCCUUAUUGCUUAUCCUUGUGCUCUCCUUUAUGGCACUUUCACAUUGAUAGUAAUAUUUCAAUAAUAUUUAAUAAACCUAGUUGAGUUUAAGGUAUUUUCACAAUGGAAGAUUUAAUUUUCAUUAAAUUUUUAACUUAUACAAAAGGAUGAGAUCUGGAAAGUAGUAAAAGACUAAAUGGUGCACUCCAUUUGUAUUUAAUAUUUUUAGGAUCAUUUAGUAAAUAACAUGUUAAUAAUCACAAACAUAGAUCCAUAUGUAAUGUUAUGGAUAUUUCUAUCUAUUAAUAAUAUGAUUUAUACUUCGUAUUAUUUAAUUAAUUAUUUUCUAUAAUUAGUACAUAAAUCGUGUCAUAACAACUAGUUCUAUAUUAUACAUAUGAGUAAGAUUGUGUGAAGUUUUACAUUCGUAUGUGGACAUUAAAAAGGAUAGGUCAUACAUAAACUUGUUAAACUUCUUUUUUGGUACAUUUAAGGAAUGAAUGUCACUGGUGAUUUUAAUAUGAAUGAUAAAUUGUGUGAGUAAAUAGACAAUACGUUUGAAAUAAAUAAAGAAUACUCAGAUUGUUAAAUAACAAAUAGAAAAUGUGAUAUAGUUUGUACGUUUAAUUCCCGGAUGAUGAACCUAUAGAGGAAAAAAUAGAUGAUAAUAAAGAAUAAAUAGAAAUUAUAAAAUUACUCGCAAAUAACAAACCCAUCCACAUUGCAGAAGAAAUAACUAAAACCAGUUACACUGUUGCAGUUUGAGAUGAGAAUUACCAAAACUCUAAAAACGGCUUGUAGUAGGGAAACAAAGUUGGGCAGAACUGAUUAAAUAAACUUGUUUAUUAUUUUUGCGCUCUGAGGUUACGCCCACGUUUAACGAAACACCUUGCGCUUAAUUAAAGCUAACGAAAGGUUUCAGGAAAAAGCAGUUGCAUUCUUCUUUUCGUUAUUCAAGUGACCUAAAUUUAGGAGAAAACUAACUGCAAAAAAGAUUCGGUAAAUUUAGAGCUAGGUACUAUAGCGCAGUGCAGUUUUUGCUAAGGACUUUCGCUGCGAAUGAAAAACACCUAAAAAAAAUUAAUCAUCAGAACGCGCGACCUCACUUUGCACUUUGAAGUUUUUAAUUUUGAGUUCAGAUUCGUAAUCAGCGACCCCAAAUACCUGAGUAUACCAAAUUCCAUGAAAAUCGUUUGAAAGGAAAAAUGUAUAUUUGCAUUUCUUUUUACGAGGGAUGAAACCCCCUAAAUAUGACAAUUGACAAAAAUAAGAAAAUUCGUAUGAAAUAUUUUUCGAUGUUCUACGCUCAUGCAAAAUUUCGAAACAAUCGGAGAUGUGGCCAGCAAAUCCGAUUAUUAUUACAAUACAUAUAUGUCAAAUUUUUCGUUUAUUUCAUGAUUCAAGUUAAAGUGGUAUGUAUGUAUAGCACAAGAUAUAAAUUCACUUUUUUGGCACACUUAACUGAAUUAUUAUUGAAAACUAAUUAUUGUUAAGUGUUCAGGAAGAUUUUAGGACGGUAUACAAGGGAUUCUUUUUGACCGACUUCGAAAAGGAGGAGGUUAUUCAAUUCGACAUAUAUAUGAAGAAACGUGUACUUAUGAAAUAUUAA